AAGGUCAGAAAGACUGACAGAAAAAUCUGACAAGAUUUUCAAGCAAAAAAUGUAUGACCAGAAUAAGAACAAGAUGCUAGAAGCCUAGAACAGACUUAAAAGUUGAAACAGAGAAAGAAUCCAUUCAAAUCAGAAUUGAAGCACACAAACAAAGAAAAUAACUAAGUAAAGCAGGAAAAUGGGAAGUUCAAGAAGAGCUAUGAUGAACAAAAAUGUGUUGUUGAUUUUGUUUUUAUGGUUUAUGAGUACCAUGGUUAUGAAUGUAACAAGUAUUGGAGUGAAUUGGGGUACAAUGGCAACUCAUCAAUUACCACCAGAAACGGUAGUUGAAAUGCUUAUAGAUAAUGGUUUUAAGAAAGUUAAACUAUUUGAAGCUGAAGAAAAAAUUAUGAGAGCUUUAGUUGGUAAAGAUUUAGAAGUUAUGGUCGCUAUACCUAAUCAUAUGUUGGAUCUUAUUAGUAGAAAUUCUAAAGCCGCUGCUGCAUGGGUUGAAAAGAAUGUCACCAUUUAUAGCUUUGAUGGUGGUGUCAAUAUCAAGUAUGUUGCAGUAGGAAAUGAGCCAUUUCUGGCAACCUAUAACGACACCUUCUUGGAUGUAACCAUGCCUGCAUUGCAGAAUAUCCAGCAAGCGCUCUAUGAUGCUGGUUUGGGUUUUCGAAUCAAAGCCACAGUUCCUUUCAACGCUGAUAUCUACAAUUCACCAAACUCCGCUCCAGUUCCUUCGGCCGGAGAUUUUAGACCAGAUAUACGUAACCUUACAACCCAAAUUAUCCAAUUUCUCUAUGACAGUGAAGCACCUUUCACUGUUAACAUAUACCCGUUCCUUAGUCUCUACAGCGACGAGCACUUUCCGAUGGACUACGCCUUCUUUGAUGGAACAAGCGAGCCUCUGCGGGACGGGCAUGUUAACUACACAAAUGUGUUCGAUGCAAAUCUUGAUACUCUUAUAUGGGCGUUGAAAAAAGCUGGUUAUCCUGAUAUGCCUGUAAUAAUAGGUGAAGUUGGAUGGCCAACUGAUGGUCACAAGCAUGCAAAUGUUGCUAAUGCAAAGAGAUUCAACCAGGGAUUGCUUAAACAUAUUCUGAGCGGCAGAGGAUCUCCCGUUAGAAAAGGCAAGAUCGACGCUUAUCUCUUUAGUCUAAUCGAUGAAAGUGCUAAAAGUAUUGCACCAGGUACCUUCGAGAGACACUGGGGGAUGUUUGAGUUCGACGGGAAGGCGAAAUACCAAUUAGAUUUAUCAGGAAGGAACUCAGACAAAAAGGAAUUGGUCGGAGCGAAAAAUGUUAAAUACUUGGCGAAAGCUUGGUGUGUUUUCAAUGAUGACUUCUUAGUUACUGAUUUUAUUGAUUUGCGUGAAAGUGUUGAUUACGCUUGUGAACACUCUGAUUGCACAGCUCUUGGUUAUGGGUCUACUUGUAACCGUUUGGAUGUUCGCGGGAACGUUUCGUAUGCGUUCAAUAUGUAUUAUCAGGUAGGAAAUCAGAAGCAUUCAGAUUGUGAUUUUGCAGGGGCAGCGAUAGUUACAGAUGAAGAUCCAUCUGCUGGGACUUGCAGGUUUCCAAUUAUGAUAGCUUAUGGGUCUUCAGUUUCAUUGAAGAGAGGUUUUCCUGACACUCUCUUACAGCUGGUACUAGUAUUUUUAAUUCAAGGGAUUUUGCGUGCAAUAUAAAGUACUAUAAAUUGUAAU